UCGGGUGAAUCGCGAGAGGAGGUGGACGCACGCUCCAUCUAUGUGGGCAACGUUGAGUAUGCUGCCACGGAGGAAGAAAUUCAGGCCCUGUUCAAGGAUUGUGGCGUUGUGAAACGCAUCAAGAUUAUGCGCGACAAGUUUACGGGUCAUCCCAAGGGAUUCUGCUACGUCGAGUUUGCCGAGCCCAACGCCGUGCCGCUUGCCAUGGCUUUGGACGAAAGCAUGUUCCACGGCCGACAAAUCAAGGUCAAAUCAAAGCGUACCAACCUGCCCGGCUUGGCCCGA